UGUUGGUGUGGUCAGAGAGGAGGAGAAACAUGGCGGCUCCGGUUCUCUCCAGUCGGGCCUCCGGCAGCAGCAGCUCCGGGAACAGCCUCUCCAACAGCCUCUCCAACAGCCCCACCUCAGGGGGGAGGGCGCCCCCCUCCGCGGGAACUGCAGAGCUGGACUUCAGGUCCGCGAGCCGCAUGGAGGACUUGAACCGUUUGAUCUCUGAGUUCAGCAAGCAGGAGCAGCGCGAGACCGACGAUCAAAGGGCUCUGGAGAUCCACACCGCCAAGGACUUCAUCUUCAGCAUGCUGGGCAUGGUGCAGAAGUUGGACCAGAAGCUCCCGGUGGCCAAUGAGUACCUGCUGCUGUCGGGCGGGGUCAGAGAGGGCGUGGUGGACAUGGACCUGGAGGACCUGAGUGUGUGUUCCAGGGGCACGGACUACGACAUGGACUUCACUCUGCUGGUGCCCGCGCUCAAGCUGCACGACCGGAACCAGCCGGUGACUCUGGACAUGCGUCACUCGGCUCUCGGCCACUCCUGGCUCAGCCUCCGGCUCUUCGAUGAGGGAACCAUCGCUAAGUGGAAGGACUGCUGCACCCUGAUGGAGCACAACAUCAGCGGAGCCACCAACUACUUCUUCUCCCCCACGCUGGUCUCUGAUUGGUUCCACCGCGCCGUGUCUCUGGUGCUGCUGGAGGUGCAGAAGAAGCCUCAGAGGGGGAUGCCCCGCGUGGAGAAGGUGGAGAGGAACGGCACGGUGAUCUCCGUGGUGCUCGGCGUGGGCAGCAGCCGCAUGCUGUACGACAUCGUGCCGGUGGUCUCCUUCAAAGGCUGGCCGGCGGUGGCUCAGAGCUGGCUGAUGGAGAACCACUUCUGGGACGGCAAGAUCACGGAGGAGGAGGUGAUCAGCGGGUUCUACCUGGUGCCCGCCUGCUCCUCCGGGGGCCGCAAGGAGAACGAGUGGAGGCUGUCGUUCGCCCGCAGCGAG